UGUCGAAUGCGUGCAGCGACUCCGUAGCUUGUAGCGUUAUCGGAAAAACGCGGGAAAAGCGUUUUCUACCGUCCAAGGCUCAGUCGGCUCGCGCCUGCCGUGAGAGAUGGUCGUCUCCGUGCGCUCGCUCGCUCUAGCAUUCGCGGCGAUCGCGAUCGCGACCGCGCGCGCCCACAUAUCCUCCCACGAUAACAUACUCCGAAUACAACUUUGGGACGCCGAGGGACUCAGCAGAGACCCCAUCACGACCCAACCUCCUCCCACCAAAGCUUCGAAACAUAAGUUGAAAGUAAAUUUGGAUUUGCUGAAUAACGAAAUGCUGGAAGAAGGAUACGGAAGUUUUGGCAGGUUCACCAGACACAAAGUUAGACACAAGCGUCGGCGGCCUCGGCAGAGUGGCACCGAUCUGCCUUGGAGGUUCCACUCGGGGGCCGAGUUGGUGAAUGUGGCUGUGUAUGAUGAUGGGGUACCCUGGAAUGUGAUCGAAGGAGACUCGAAGUCCGUGAAUAUCAGUGAUGUAGUGAGUGCGAGUGCGAAUUCGGGUGCGGAAGAAAAGCGGGAAGUCUCCCCGCCGAUGACGCUGCGUCAGGACGAGGACGAGGAAGAAGGCCCAAAGCUGCCAGUGGUACCGAAAUGUUGCGCCAGCGGGCAGAAUCUGAGUAUCAGCCACGACUCAGAGGGAAACGUCAAGUCCGAGUGCGUUCGAACCACUCUAACCUUUUCGCCGAUGUUCUACAAGACCAACGACACACAUCUGUGGAGUUACGAGAGCAAUCUCUAUGAAACCCUCGUUGGAAACCCUUGCCUUUAUGACAGAUAUCGAUUAGAACCAUAUCAAGACAGUAAUGAUGAGUUUUAUCUCAUGGUCAACGGUUCGUUAUUCGUCCCUUUCUCGACACCUCCGUUUUUGGGCACCAAGGACUUUUGCAUGGAGACAUUCUGGAACGAAUCAAAUCCAGCAGGAGUGACUUUGCCUUUGGUUUGCUUCACCGCAUCCUCGGCUGAAACUACCACUUCUGUUACUUUGAUUGCUUAUGCUAUAGGUUUACUAAUAUCUGUACCGUUCCUGCUUUUCACGGCGUUUAUCUACACUUACAUCAAGGAGCUCCGGGACACUCACGGCAAAUCCCUGGCAUGCCACACAAUCUGCCUUGCCAUCGCGUUUCUGUGUUUGGCCACCACUCAACUCGCUGGACAUGCUUUUCCUAUUACCGUGUGCUCGGUUAUGGCCUACCUCAUCCAGUUUUCGUUUGUGUCAUGCUUCUUCUGGCUCAACGUCAUGUGUUUUGAUACAUUCUUAAAUGUUAGGCGCUACAUUGACGCGUUACUUACAAGGAGGAGUAUGAGAAGGCGGUUUGCUUGGUACUGCGCAUACGCAGUCAUAUUACCCGUAGUCCUACUUAUAGUCACCAUAACCAUGGAUCUGUCACCGGCAGUUCCAAGCACUUACCUCAAACCGAAUUUUGGUGUUAAAGGUUGCUGGUUUAAAACGGACCAGGCGGCAUUACCUUAUUUCUACGGGCCUGUAGCGGUCAUCCUCAUCUCUAACAUCAUACUGUUCAUGAUGACGUCAAGGGCCUUUGCCGUUCAUUAUGAUAAGCUUAAGGACGUUACGCCCUUAGAGCUGGCGCAUUCAGACUUCAGCAACUCCGACGACUGGGUGCGCAUGGGCACCGUGCUGGGGCAGCCGCUGCAGGCCAGAGAGCGGUCAGCGACCCCACCGCAGGACCCGCCCGGCAACUUCAACCUGCGGCUGAAGAGAUACAAGAAAAUAUUCCGCAAGUGCUGUAUCCUGUCCUUCAUCAUGGGUUUGUCGUGGGCCUUGGAGGUGGUGUCUUGGGCAGCGGGCGCAGGGUCCUCCUCUGUCUCCGUGUGGUCCAUGUUCGAUCUCAUCAACGCUCUGCAGGGCGUCGUCAUUUUCUGUAUCUUUGUGCUGCAGCAGCCAGUGAGGAAUAUCGUUAUGUCAUCAAAACUCUUCAAAUCAUGCAGGAGGAAAAAGGACGGAUCGGAAGUGUCUGUAGUGAGUGAGAGGAAUAGCAUUAUUAGCCCUGGGAAAAGGGACUACGUGUAGUGAUAUACUAUGAUAGAUUGGACUGUGGAGACUGAUUAUAGUGACAGUAUUAUAAAGGUCAUAUGAGUAUUUGGUUCCAAAUGCAAAGUGUAAACAGCCCGUAAAAUCUGACGAUUAAGUUCCUCAUUUUAUAUUAAAAAUAAUAUAUAACAUUUUCUUCA